UGAUUGAGAAAGUCUGGACGCCUAGAGCGUAUUUAUGAUUCGUCCGAUAUAGUAGAUCGUCUACUGUUGGCCAUGUAAUGAGGGGUUGUGAGCUAUAAAAGGACAUGCCGCUGUCCUCCGAUGUAGACUUCUCCUACCAUGGUUAUAUCGAUCUGGUAAGUUCUUCAACACACAACGAUGCCUCAGUAUAACGCCCAAACCACAGCCGAGGAGGUUUCAAAUGAUUGCCGUGCUGUGAUUGCCAAUAAGACUAUCCUAGUGACUGGAGUCACUCCGGCCAGUCUCGGUGCCGGUUUCGCGGCAACGAUCGCAAACUACGCGCCGUCCCUUAUCAUUCUCGCGGCUCGUGACGUAACAAAAGCUCAGCAAACAGCCACAGAGAUCUCAACUAUCUGUCCCUUCGUGAAGACCCGUAUUCUGCACCUGGAUCUAGGAUCCCAAGCCCAAAUCCGAGAGGCAGCAAAAGAGGUUCUCGGAUACGAGGAACACAUAGAUGUACUGGUUAAUAAUGCAGGAAUAAUGGCGCCGCCUUUCUCCUGGACUCAGGAUGGCGUGGAGAGUCAAUUCGGUAUUAACCACAUCGGCCAUUUUCUCUUCACAAACUUGAUUAUUAGCAAGUUGCUGGCACCAGGCAAAUCCUCCCGUGUUGUGAAUAUCUCCAGUGACGGUCACCGGCUAGGGCCUAUUCGAUUUGAUGACUGGAACUUCGAUGAUGGUAAUACGUAUGAUUCUUGGCUGGCUUAUGGUCAAUCAAAGACAGCGAAUAUGCUAUUUUCUAUAUCACUUGCACAGAAGCUUGGCAACAAAGGCCUUAUUUCGGUCAGCUUACAUCCUGGUGUUGUGAGUACGCAGAUUCUAAGGCAUGAUGUUGCUAAAUCAGUUAAGGCACUUGAAAAUAAUGGCGGUUACCUUGAGAACUGCAAUGUUUUGAAACCAGCCGAGAUCCGUUGUUGGGGCCGAGAUCAUGUAGACGCAGAAAGAUUAUGGAAGCUGAGUGAAAAUAUUGUGGGACAGGAGUUCGACUACUAG